AUGCCUGGGGGUCCCCAAGCCCUCCGAACCCCACGUGCCACCAUCUUUCUCCUCUUGAUCUUCGCUGCUGGCCUGGGCCCCAUGUGCCAGGCCCUGUGGGUGGGCUGGGACCCACCAUCGGUGACGGUGAGCAUUGGGGAAGAGGUCCGCCUCCUGUGCAGACACAAUGGCAGCAACCCCAACGUCACAUGGUGGUACGUCCUCCAAGGCAACUCCACGUGGCCGCCUAUGAUUGAGCUCUCAAGCCCAGGCCCCAAGGGCGAGCUGAUCAUCCAGCAGGUGAACAAGAGCCACAGGGGCAUGUACAGGUGCCAAGUCAACGAAGGCCAGAAGGUCUGGCGCUCCUGUGGGACCUACCUCCGCGUGCGUGGCGGGGACUUCAGUGGUCUUGGGCCUCCGCGGGGGUUUGGGCCUCCGUGGGGGUGUGGCCAGGAGGCAAGGGGAGGACUUGAGGUGCUGGGCUCUGAGCAACGCUCCCUCCUCACAGAGCCACUCCCCAGGCCCUUCCUGGACAUAGGCGAGGGCACCAAGAACAACAUCAUCACGGCCGAGGGCAUCAUUCUGCUGAUCUGCGCCGUGGUGCCUGGGACGCUGCUGCUCUUCAGGAAACGGUGGCAGAACAUGAAAUUCGGGGCAGAUGUCCAGGAUGACUAUGAAGAUGAAAAUCUUUAUGAGGGCCUGAACCUCGAUGACUGCUCCAUGUAUGAGGACAUCUCCCGGGGCCUCCAGGGCACCUACCAGGAUGUGGGCAGCCUCCACAUCGGAGACGUUCAGCUGGAGAAGCCGUGACCCAGCCGGGCUGCCCCACCAGCUGUGCACCCAAACCGUGUCUCAGCCCACUUCCUUGGAACCCGCUCUCUUUUCACAAUCUCUCCUGGGAGUAUCCUGACUCAACUUCUUGGGAGUGUCCACUCUUCUUCCCUCUGGACCGUCCUCGUCCCCUCCCCACACCCGAACUCAAUCCUCCCCUGACUGCCUUUCCCAGGCUCCCCCCCAUCCAGCGGAUAAUGAGCCCUUAGUCGCUGCUUCUAGGGGAGCUGAUUGUAGCCGCCUCAUUAGGGCCACCUCCCCACUCCCUGCUCUGUCAUGGCCACUUAGUGAUAAUAAAUCCUUCCCAACUGCA